CGUACCGACGCCCGGUAUACUAGUCCACAUUUUUGGCGGCAGCCGCCCAGUCUAAGGUCCAAACCCCGAACCGAACGGUCGUCCGAAAUACUUAGCGAACGAGUGUGGUUAACAGUUCAGUAGAGCGGCAAAAUGGACGCGCGCUUUAGAAGCAAUCUCGACAUGAUCGGGCGUAACGAGCCCAUCACAAGGAAAGCCAAAUUCUGGCAAAGCUAUGUCCGAGCCUUAAAAGGCACCGACGACAUCAGAGCCCCCGAACACACGCACAGACCCAGAGGCAUUUUCCGUUCGGACUACCCUGAGCUGUCCACCUCGUGGCCGUUUGGAAAGUCAAUCUUCGAAAACCCAAUUCACGCAGCCGAUCGCAUCAACGUUCCUGGAUACAGGUACCUGCCCGUCCACCGUGAGAUUUACGGUUACUCACCGAGGCAGAUCUAUCCGCACCAAUACAAACCUGUAGAACGCUUCACCCCCGCGAAACCGUUCGACCCUGAGCAAGCUUGGACCGAUCAUCUGAACCGUUUGGCAGACAUCGACAAAAUGUAUCCGAGUAAAUCGCCAUUGCUGGCUCGGCAUAUAAGCCCGCCGCUCAGUACGAAACGAUUGUUCGACAUCUACGGUAACCUGUUGAACGAUUACUUACCCUCGUUACCGUCGUUGCUUCGCAAGAGACCGUUGUUCGAUCUCCUUGAGCCAUCACCAAUGGCACCUGUCAGUGCGUUCACCAGAGACCCAUGGUGGUACCCGAGCUACGCUCCUUACAUCCCCAGCUAUGCUCAGAGGAGCACUCCUUUCUUCCUGAGGGACAGUUACCUCAGUCCUGUAAAGCGUAGCUACCUGUGGAGCCGACAUCCAAUCAGGCCAUUUGGAUCGUUAUACUACUAUUAUUCGCAGCCAGUUCCAGUAUUUCACUUUACCCGCCCAUGGUACAAUAAACGUACCACAUAUUAAGAAAAAAAAACUCACGCCUACUGAUGACCGUGUCGCCCCGCAUGGAACGCGUGUGAUACGGCAACAACCGACGAAAAAAAUCAAAUAAAAUCAUGAAAAAAGAAUACCAAAAAAAAAACAUAUGAAAGAGUAUUAUUCGCAUCGUAUCCCGAAGAACCGUACGGCGUCUGUCGCCUGGCUAUUUGUCUUUUCUUUCUCACAACGCGCAUCGUCGUCCACAGAGUUUUAUUUAUUAACAAUACUGGCCACCAUGGUUUACUGUACUCUUCAUUCGUGCUGUCUACGAAUAAAAUAAAACACUGCCCAAAUUUUA